AUGGAGCCUCGCUCGCCGCGAUUUAAUGUCGAGGAUUUGUACGACACGACCAUGGAUCCUCAAAAACUUUUGGACGCAUUUAACCACCUCACACCACUUUCAAACAUCAAUCCGACUCUACCAACGCACGAACAAUGGGCUGCGCUCAUUUCCCACCUUUCAAAACCGUCUCCCGUCAUUCGUUCUGCGACUAUCAGAUAUAUCGACUCCCUUGUAAACUCGCUUGGACAAGUUCCCGAGAUUUUGUUUGGUGAUUUGGGUUCGUUGUUGGUGGCGAAGGCAAUCAUUGACUUUUCACAAAUCAAAGAGAAGGAAGCGGAGAAGGUACGGAAGUAUCGGACGAUGUACACAACAAUGAAUAAAUACGCUGUGACAUUAGUGUCAGACAUACUCAUUUUGAUUAAAAAGAUACCUCCCGUCUGGGCGCGCGCUGUUGUCGAGGCCGCGGAAGCUGCGGACAGUCGCGACACAGUAUACUGUGAUGUGUUUAAUCGACUCAUUGUACAAAUAGCGGUGUCAUGUCCCAAGGCAUUUGGUCCAUUGGGUACUGAUGCUUUAAAAGUUGUGUUUUCAAAGCAGACGCAAUGGGUCACCUCCAUCAUGAUGGACACAUUACUCUUCACUUUGAACUCCCCACUCCAUAAGAAGUACCUUGGUUCCGACCAAGUGCUUGCAUCUCUUAUAUCCCCCAUGUCAAGUCCAGAACAUUGGAUAUUCCCUUUAAGAUUAGUUGGGAGAACAAACCCUGAUCGGCAACUGAAGGAGUUGCAAUAUUCCACUGCAGUGAAGUGCUUUUUCGAAACGAUUAAAACGUGGCCGGGACUCCUUUCUCUCACUUCAAUGAAUGGAAUUGAAUGCCUGGUCGUCGCGUUACACUCACCAGUGCCAAAACAGAUUGAUAUGCUGAUUAAUAACUUGUACUCCCUCUUCCAAAUCAAACAACCCCUUUUCUCAUCGCGAUUUGAAUACCCGGACUCGGGACAAGACCUGUUGAGCAACCAACCAAUUAUGCUAGCGUUUUAUACCCAUCUGCUUCAUGUCUUGAUCGAGUCAAAUUUCUUCGACGCGUUGUGCGACGUCUGCGUCAUGAGACAAAUGCACGACGAUUUUUCAAGAGAAGCAGUUCCACUGUUCCCAGAUAACAAAUUGGAUAAGCCGAUCACACAAAAGUUACAUCGCGCUACAAUGUCGGAACACACAAGGUCACCAAUCACAGAAAAGGAUGACGAAGACGACAAGGAAAAGAAGAUCCCAAGUGAAGACAUUAACGCGUUGACUGUUGUGUCCAAGUCUGUGUAUUUGCUUGGAGAAUUGUUACACCUGGCGGGUGUGUUGUUUCCGACAAAGAACGUUUCAUUACAAAAAUUGUUUGCAACUGCGUGCGAUAGCGUUUCGAAUUUACAGACGAGUUCCGUUUCGUUGUUAGUCAACUUACACACCCAUAUCCAACAUAAAAUCGAAUCGAAUUUGUUGGAACAAAAGAAGAACGACGGGAUGUCGAUCAACGACUAUUUCUAUAGCGACACAACAAACGAAAUCAACCAAGCCAUUAAAGGGUUGAGUGUCAUGGAUGAGAGUGAAAUUAAACGGACAAUUCAGUCGUUGAACUCCUCUGCAAACGAGUCGUGGAACUGGAUACAAGUGUCGACGGUGUUAACUUCUGUCUUGCAAAAUAUGAGAUACUUCCCCAUCAUCGAGAAAACGCCAUUUUUGAAGGCUUUGGUCAAAUUUUACCAACCAAGUAAGAAGAAAUUCACAGAAACGGAUUUCCAAAAGACGGACACUAAAAUAUCAUUAUGUGGGCUGAUGCUGUUCCAUAUUUUAAUUCAAACGGAAAGUGGUAAAAUAUUGCUCAACCCAAUUUUGAAAGAGAUUGAGUCGGAACUCAACUUUUUCAUACAAAUGGCAACAAAGAAAAGAGACGACACAUUUAACUUUACGGAGUUUGUCGAGAAGAAUCACUUCUUUGACCAAGGGCAUUUGAUGAAGAAGAUGUCGAGAGAGUACUUCGGGUUCAUUGGAAGUCUGUCCGACGUUCGAGACACCCUCGACGGCAUCUUUGUUUCAUAUCGAACGAUUUUGACAAACAAAUCACUCAACCAACUCUCAGACCUGAUUUCGUCGUCAUUCAAAAUUUCUAUUUCAUCGCACCGAUCGAAGCUAUCAAUUGUCGAAACAAUGUUAGGGUCCGAGAACGUCACUGUCAUUAACAGAGCUAUUAAAGAGAUCGGAAGAACCAUUUUACCUCCGUUCGAUGCACAACCCAAUUUCCAGUCCUUUUUCCAGACAUGGGCGAUACCAACCCUUUUGGAAGUUAUGCAGAAGCCCGGGCAAAACGUUUCUAUCAUCAAACAAAUCAUUCAAAUUUUGUCCACUGCGUUAAACAAUGAAAAGACGAUGGAGUUGUUCAUUCAAUACAUUUCAAAGAACACCGAAGAAACAAAAAACAAGACGGAUGAGAAAAAUCCAUUGGAGACGUCCAUUAAGACCGUUGGAUUGAAUUUCAGCGUCCUUUGCGAGAACAAUGGCCGUUCACUGCUCUACAAAAUUUUAACAAACAACGAAAUCAUAAAGAAGUGUAUGGAGACGACGGAUUACAUCGACAAAGAGUACCAAUUUUGGAUCGAAAAGGAGUGCAAAAAUUUUGUGGAAAACAUCGAGACGAAGCCAUGUCUUCCACACUUCUUCGAGAUAUUGGGAACGACAGUAACGGGAUGUGCAGUACUUCAGAAGAACAACACCAAAGACGCGUUAUGUGAAAUGCUCAACACGGGAGACUCAAACGACAAAGCUGCUGCAAAUGUCGCACUUGCCGUUAUUGCUGCGUCGCAAUUUGGGUUUAAUUUGAUCGACAAGGAAAUCACAGAUAAAAUGUUUACUGCUCGAUUUGCAGAGCCUUUAACGGAGAGAGUACUCUCGUUGUGGUCGUUGUCUAUUCUUUGCAAAAACAAAGUGUUUAAAGUACGAAUAGAGAAAGAAGGAUGGAAUGUGACUGACAAAGGUGUUGUUAUACCACAAGGUGGGCUCGAAGAUCCGUUUUAUAAACAAAAUACACCAAAAGUGAUGAUCGACUAUAUCCCUUUCAAUCCAGAAAGUAUGACACAAGAACAGGCAGACGCAGUGAAGUGUGUAAGGAAGAUGCGGCACGCCACUAUGUGGCGUAAUGCAAUCAAAGAAUUGAACAAAAAACGGGCGGAGAAUGUGGAAGUCUUUAAAGACCUUCAGUUUGGCAUAUCGACGUGCCAACUGAUCAAUUGUAUCAAACUGAAUAUCCUGCAAAGGUCGACCGUCUAUGAAACGUUUCUCGGUAACAUCCCCAUUGAUAAGAUCAAAGAACAGAUUGCAAAGGAUUCAGACAAAAUCAUUGAAGUAAAUAGGACGGAACCUCAACUGUCCGUCAAGCGAAGUAAACGUGCAACAAUGUCCCAGCAAUGUGUUGUUAUCAACCCUUAA